AUGUCCGGCCUACCGUCCACCGAAACAGACGCAAUAAAUCUUAUUGCGCGGGACAUGAAGUGUCUUGUCAAGAAGAUACAGGACCUCCGUCACAUAGGGAUCGAAGACAGCAGAAUUGCUCUCCCGAAAAUAUGCGUCAUAGGCGAUCAGAGUACCGGCAAAAGCUCCCUAAUCGAAGGAAUGAGCCAGAUAAAGGUGCCUCGCAGUGCUGGAACAUGCACUCGCUGCCCCAUGGAAAUAAACCUCUCAGAAGGCGAGCCAGGUCAGGAUUGGAACUGCCGCAUCUUUCUGUCACGAAAAUACAUCUUCGACGGCUCCCGGAAGGUCACUAAACUCCCCAAGAAGUCGCAGCCUCUGGGACCAUGGAUCGAACAAGACCAGGAAGAUGAGCACUUUACGGAUGUGAGAGAUAAAGAUGAUGUACAAGACGCCAUUAAGUGGGCCCAGCUUGCCAUUUUGAACCCAGGAAGACCUUCUACUGACUACCAACCCGGACAUAACGGCGACACCGACGAGUCUUAUUGUCAAGUGAAGUUUUCUCCGAAUGUGGUUCGGCUGGACAUCUCGGCGCCUAACUUUCCUAAUCUCUCCUUCUACGAUCUACCUGGUGUCAUCAGCCAGGCGGAACACGAUCAUGAGCGUUACCUUGUUUCACUGGUGGAGAACCUCGUGAGAGAGUACAUCUCGCAGGAAAAUUGCAUUGUGUUAUUGGCACUGCCGAUGACCGACGACGCCACGAAUUCAAGCGCUGCAAAAAUUAUGCGGGAUGUUCGUGGCGCCAAAGAAAGAACUCUCGGUGUCCUUACAAAACCUGAUCGUAUCCAGACGGGCGAAUCGUAUGAUCAGUGGGUCGAGAUUCUGGAAGGAGACAAAUUUGCGCUUGGUCAUGGAUAUUAUAUCGUCCGCACAAAUCCUGACCCGGCCAUCGAGCAUUCUCGCGCGAGAGAAGAGGAGGCUGUCUUCUUUGCAAAGAGUCCUUGGGCAACAGAACUAUCUGCCUAUCAGAAUAGGUUUGGAACCAGACACCUACAAGCAGCGCUUUCCAGUCUCCUUCUGGAGCAGAUACAGGGGUGUCUGCCUAGGAUCGUUGAGCAAAUCGAUGAGAAAGCCGCGCGUAUCGAAGCAGAGUUACAGACUCUGCCAGAUCCCCCGUCAGCAAAUGUCCCAUACAUCCUUUGUGGCAAAUUGAACCAUCUCAAAGAUCAGAUCCGUGCCCAUAUUGACGGCGGCUCAGCUCAGUAUCCCCUCCAGAAGAUAUGGGGCAACAUUGCGAGGGAUUUCAAAAGAGCUCUGCUGAAAACCAGGCCGACUGUUCAGCUUCUUGCCCAUUCGGACAAGAUGGCCAUUCCCAUUGCGCGCGAGGACGCCGACUCUGACUGCGAGAUGACCUCAAUACAGCGAUCUGUGAGCGUGAAUGUGAAACGCAAGACCCCAUGCGACAGGCCUACUCCAACGCCCGCGGAUCCCAAGCCAGAACAACCCUCGACUCCGAAGCCCUCAGGGUACUAUACAGAGCACUUUAAUCGAUUUGAUCGUCCCGCACGAAUGUUCACUUGGGAAGAAAUUAGAGAAAUCAAUGAGGAUUCUUAUCGUGCUGGUAUUCCCGACCAGACGGACCCCAAAGCCGUGGAAGUCAUGAACCAGCUCAGUGUCGAGCACUGGGACAAACCAAUGGAAGUGUUCUUGGGGGCUACUCACCAGUUGGUGAGGGACAUGAUGAUGAGACAGCUCAAAGACGUUUUCACGCCAUACUAUCAAACCAGUCUGUACCGGGAACUGAAACGAAUCAUAGACAACUACCUUCAAACGCUUCGCAAGGAGCACUUCAGACACGCGCAAGAGAACUACAAUAUUGAGCAUAACAAGCCUUUUACCAUGGCAAUUUCCGCUCUCGAGCAAGCCACAGAAAACGCGUACAAGUAUCUGAAAGCUCGCCGACAUGAAGCAAGGUCGCACUGCUUUCUCGAUCUUCAAGGCAAAAUCCCUCGGGGAGACCCACGCCGCGACGCUGAGAUUAAGAAACUCACUGCUGCGGAGCUCGGCCCUGACAGAUUCGUUCAGGAGCUCAAAAUGAUGGCGGUGAGUUUUACCAAUGCUGGUGAAGUCGAGUUCAAGUAUCUUGCUAAUAGUCCUCAGACGACUCGUGGCUACUAUGAAAUAGCGAGUUCCCGGUUCAUCGACUCGAUCUGUCAGAGUGUACAUACGAAACUUUUCUCCAAAUGCCGUGAAGAACUGAUUACAGUCAUUGAGAACGAACUACGCAUCUUCGAUGGAAAUGCUGUCGAACGCUGCAUGGAGUUGAUGGCAGAAGAUCCCGAACGCCAGCGACGCCGACUAUACUUGUUGAAGGAGAAAGAGAAGGUCCUCAAGGCUCAGGAAUGGCUCGCAACUGCUAAGAAGGAAGACGAUGCUGUGGAUUCUGCAGAGUUCGACCCGGCCAUUAAGUCUCAACCACCCGAAGACUGGUCCAGCUUUCCCGGAUUCGGACCGGUAGCUGGCUGA